CCGGGGCCCCGUUUCCGCCUAGCCGCCCGGGUCCCCGCCGCUCUGGGUGACGGCCUCGGUGCCCCCUGUUCGAGACCACACCCCUGCCCCACCCCGGGCACGGGCCCCCCGGGGAGGCCCCGGAGAUGCCCACAGGCCCCCCCGUCUGCUGUCCCCAGCGGGACCUAACUCCACACGGCGGCCGCAGGAGGCGACCAUGGGGCGGGCGCUGGCCCGGGGGGCUGUACAGGUGUCUCUGAUCCUGUGUGCCCUGCUGGCACCCUCGAGGGCUGUGGUGCGCGUCGUGCUGACCGGCAACGGGAGCGCGGUGGACUUCGCGGGCUCGCAGGCCCUGUUCGGGGCGCCCCUGGCCCCCCAGGGCGUGCGUGGCUACCUGAUGGAGGCCAAGCCGGCCAACGCGUGCCACCCCAUCGAGGGGCCCCCGCGGCCGGGCAACGGCUCCUUGGGCGCCAUCGUGCUGAUCCGCCGCUACGAUUGCACCUUCGACCUCAAGGUGUUGCACGCCCAGCGCGCCGGCUUCGAGGCGGCCAUCGUGCACAACGUGCAUUCGGACGAGCUGGUGCUCAUGGCCCACGUCUACGAGGACGUGCGGCAUCGUAUCACCAUCCCGUCGGUGUUCGUGGGCGAGGCCGCCUCGCAGGACCUGCGGGUCCUGGUGCGCUGCGACAAGCUGGCGCACGUCCUCCUGCUGCCCGACUACCUGCCGUGCCCGGAGCCGGACUGCCAUCCCUUGCUGGCCGCGUCCUGGGUCCUCGGCCGCGCGCUGGCCCUGCUGGCGUCGGCCGCCUUCGUGCUGCGGCGGCUGUGGAGGUGGCUGUGGGCCCGGUGGCACGCGGAGAGGACGGUCGAGACCCAGGCGUGCCAGAAGGCGCAGGUGUGCACCUUCACGCGGCACAGCAACCUGUGCGCCGUCUGCCUGGACGAGUACGAGGAGGGCGACCGGCUGAAGAUCCUGCCGUGCGCGCACACCUACCACUGCAAGUGCAUCGACCUCUGGUUCUCGCGGGGCGCCCGGCGCGCCUGCCCCGUGUGCAAGCAGUCGGUGGCCGGCACGGAGGACGGCUCCGACUCCACCGCCGACAGCUUCGGGGACGAGGACCCCUCGCUGCCCGGCCGCCGGCCCCCCGUCUGGGCCAUCCAGGCCCGGCUGCGCUCCCGGAGGCUGGAGCUGCUGGCCCAGGCCAGCCCGGCCCGUCACCACCGCGGUGCCACGUCCCUGGGGACCGUGGAGGCUGAGGCAUCCUCGGAGGGGUCCCCGGGUGCCCCCUGAGGCCCACGGACCGCCCCCCACCUGCACCCUGACCCCCGGCUGGCGGAGAAUAAAGCGGGUUUGAAAGCGGAUUCUCGCGCUGGCUGCUGGGGGUCGGGGGCACGUCCCCGUGCCAGCCGUGCGUGGCCCGUCCCAGCUGAGCCCCAGGUGGCUGCCGGUGUCCACGGGGGAGCGAGGAGAGACGGGGCGCGGGGAGGGUGCCGUCAGGGCCACCGCGGCUCUGUGCCGGCGUCCCCGUGUCCCCACUUCCAGGGCCGCUGGUCUCUGGUUCGCUGCUUGGUCGACACACUUUUUUGCGAAUAAACUUCUUACUCUGGAAUCACGUCA